GGCGACCGUUGCGCGAUCCCCAGCACCGUUUCGAAACACGCCGGCUGUCGAGGAACGCUCAUCAGCGGCGCACUCGUGCGCCGACCGCGACCGCGAACGCGGCACCGGAUCCUCUCCUCGCUCCGGAACGCUCCGGAAAGCGCGCGCGGUGGACCGCGUGAUCGAAGGGUUUCCCUCUAUUCCCUUCGGUGUGCCCCGAGUGUGACCUAACCAGAAGGUGCCGGCUGAGAAUCGGCUUCGCGACUGAAGCAAUCACGCGCGGCGGGACUCGGUCGAGCUAGAUACCCGACGCGGGAAAUGUUUUCAGUGUUGUAAUCGUGCUGACCGAAGCUGAAAGUCGCUCGAUGCUGGAGAAGACAUAUUGGGACCAGUCGUCAUCAUCGUCGUCUUCGCCGUCGCUCACAUCACAAGUAAGGCUAGAUGCGCCGCGAGCAGGGUGCCUCGCAUUGUCGUCGAGGGGAUUAUCGAUGGCGUCUGCAAUUAUCCUGCGCGUUAGUGCGAUCCGUUAAUUAGGCCGCUCGAAUCAGCAGCGGCGGACCGUUGCUAAUUAACGCCGGCGUCGCUCCUGCGCCUCUCAGUCGGCUCUUCCGCCAACCUCCGGCCGAGGGACAUCGUCUCGAUCAGCGACCGACGGAUUUAACGAGCCAUUUGGCCAUUUGGCGCACGUGACGGUCGUCUUUUUUUCUUACUGUCCGUCUUUUCGUCCGUGGAAGAUGGUGUGCGUCGUCCGAUGAAGGUGGGGCCGCGCGACGAGGCGUCGCGGCGCCGGAACAAUGCGGAAAUAUGAGACUUCUCGCGUUGUCCGGAUCUCAGCGUCGUCUUCGUCGGCAGUGCGCUCGCACCGAUGCGACUUACAACGGUCGCCGACGCGUACGUCCGACGUCCAUUGAGGAAAAAUGGGUGCCAAUCAAUCGAAUCGGAGCGUGCCCACCCCCGGAGAAGAAGUGAAUUUCGAUCAUUUUCAAAUCCUACGCGCCAUUGGGAAAGGCAGCUUCGGCAAGGUCUGCAUCGUGCAAAAACGUGACAGUACUGGCAAUAUGUACGCCAUGAAGUACGUACACAAAAACGAAUGCGCGGAACGGGGCGCCCUGAAGAAUGUGGCGAGGGAAGUGGAGAUCUUGUCAAAGUUGGAGCAUCCCUGCUUGGUGAAUUUAUGGUUCAGCUUUCAAGACGAGGAGGACCUGUUCAUGGUGUCGGAUUUGCUUUUGGGCGGCGAUUUGAGAUACCACAUCCAGCAGGAGGUUGUGUUCCGCGAGGAGAGCAUCGUGCUGUUCGUGGCCGAGAUCGCCCUGGCGCUUGAUUACCUGCAGACCCACAGGAUCAUCCAUCGGGACAUCAAGCCGGACAAUAUAUUGCUGGACGAGGAGGGCCACGCCCAUGUGACAGACUUCAACAUUGCGACUGUACUCAACAACGGACAGGUGGCGACUUCAAUGUCUGGGACAAAACCGUACAUAGCCCCGGAGAUUUACAUGUGCUCGUGCGAGGAAUACGGUGUCCUCGGUUACGGAUUUGCCGUGGAUUGGUGGAGCUUGGGAAUCCUCGCAUGGGAGACCUUAGCCAUGGAGAGACCCUACCCACUUCACUCUUCGACGUCUAACAGGGAGGCUCUGAGAAUCUUAAAGGAGGAAAGAUCGCCACCUUCUCAUUGGAGCCCGUCAAUACGCGAUCUUCUGGAUCGUCUGUUAACUCUCGCGCCGAGCGCUCGAGUGUCGAGCUUGAAAGAACUGAAGCAGGCAAUCGCGAUGAGGGAUCUAGACUUCGACAAAGUGCUCAAUAAGCAGAUAAAGCCGCGCUUCAUCCCGCCGAAAGAUCACCUGAAUUGCGAUCCCACCUUCGAGCUCGAGGAAAUGAUAAUCGAGACGAAACCCCUGCACAAGAAAAAGAAACGUCUGGCUAAACAGAGGUCGCUGAGGGUCGAUUCGGCGGAGGAUGCCGGGUUAGUCGAGGGGGCUGGAUCGAGUGUAGACACGCGGAGAUUAGCUUACAUCCCGGAAUACCGGGUGUACAAUCGCGAGCGCGAGAUCGAGAGGCAAGAGAGGGAGAAGAAGGAGAAACAGUGGGAAGAGGAACUGAACACUGCCAUGAAGGGUGCCGAAGAGAGGCUCAAAACAAAGCAGCAACAUCUGCCGGCCCAGCGAACCGGAAACCGACUGAGCGUCUCGACGACGAACGUCAAAGCGCGCAUAAACUCGUCGCCGAGGCAAGGUCGCCGAGCGAGCGCCACGACGUCCUCGGACAUCGACUUCAUCGACGCGAGUCCGGAGCCUAGCACGUCUUAGAUAACAUUGGACGCUAUAUUCGACGUAGCCUAUCUUGCGACCAGUAGACUCCUUCGAUCGAACGCCCACCGACGGACUUCUUGCACUUAUCAUAAGGAAAAUUAAAGAAUUAUCAUAAAGUAUCUCUCCAACAUUCAAUUAUUUCCCACGUUAAAGUCUAAGAUGAGGAAACGAAAAAUUCCACUGUAGAUAAAGUUUUUAUACUCUUCAUGAAAAGAUAUACGACGACAUAUACGUGAUACUUCGCUCUUAUUUUUCUAUCUAUCGCGAUUCAAUGUGAGACGAUUUAUCUUUAACGUCCUUCCCCUACAUUCCCUUGCAUUGGAUCUUCCUUCGCGGCCGCGACGUUUACUUUCGAUUACGCUUCGGAAAGCGCGAGUUUCAAGGCCUCCGUAUUCUUUCUGGUGCUACGAGACGUACGUAUGCUAAUCCACGAUUUGGUUUUUUUGGAGGGAAAUUUUAUAAACAGCCCACCGAUUACCGAUAUCAAUUUGCUAUUUUUAUCCGCGAUGCUCUGAAAAUGUGGUUAACGGUCGGAGAUAACCGUACGUCGCUAUAAGCUCUUCUAUCAGACUUCAGCAGUGCGCACUUAAUCACUGUACCAGGAAACGUGCAUUUAUACCACCCCCCGGAUUAUCCCGCGAACUCUGAUUAACAGCGGCGCAAGCUUAUUCCCGCAGAGUAAUGAACAGUUGGGUGAUCUUCUUUAUUCGAGUAGCAAAUUUUUUGUUGCUUCAAAGAUCUAAUUUUAUGAUCCUCAAAAUUAGGUCGUACACGUUUUCGAUAAUUAUAAUAUAAAUUAAUCCUUUCAGUACGAAUCGCACAUUGUUUUUAAAACGCUCUUUGAAGAAAAUUUCUUCUAUCUUGCUUUCACCGAAAAUCACUGCGCAACGCGUGUUUACUAUCUAAGAUUAUAAUACAUGAAAUACUUUGCAGCGUUAUCUAGAAUCACAACGAUUAAUACGUUUGAAGCAGCGUGAAAAAUUAAAUAAGAGGAUAAUAGAUGAAAAAGAUUUGAAAAAUCUUGAUGGUCCAAAGGUGCUAAGUGAGUCGAGACAAAUGCAUGAGAAAUAAAUUUCAACACUUAUCUAUAUCUAAUACAGUACUGAAGGGAUUAUGGCGUGCAUUAAUAAAAUUUACUUUGUUGACGGGAUUGGGAACAAAAUGACCUACAUAUAACAUAAUAUAAAUAAAUAUACAUAUAAAUAUAUAUAAAUGUUUUGUUCUAUAAAAUAUAUGUUGUUUAGAAACGAGCUAUGUACGAAUUGAGAAUAAAAAUAUCUUUGACAUGUU